GCCACUAUAAUAGUAUCGCUUUCCUUUCAUUUCCUUUACUUUCCUCCUCUCAAUGGAUAACGGAGAAGAAGUCCAUGAUGAGAGAGAGUCCAUGAUCAUCCGCCGUGAUCAGCUGAGCUUCAAAAACAUCUUCAGAUCAUUUUCUUUUCCAAGGCAAAGGCAGCCCUUCUCUGACCAUGCAUUUGGGUACUCCUUCACCGCACCUAAAUCCGGCACCACCGGCGGCCGCUACUGCCGAUCCAUCCGGUCUCAUUUCUGCACCCCCCUCACCCUCAUCACCAUGAAAAUACUACUUCAAGUCGCGACUCCGUUGAAGUGGCUUGGCCUCGUCGUGGAGUUCCUCCUCAACUUGAUCUCCCUCAAUGGUGGAAUCCUCGGCUUAAUUUGGAGGCUCAUGACAGUGAGGGUUAAAUUUCCCCGGCGCGGAACCGCAGAGUUCCGAUCGGUGCUGGCUUUCGUCGACGACCGGGUGGAGCUCGACGGGAAAAGGUCUCUCAAUAACUACUUCACUCCCUUAAUGGAGCUCAAAGAUCACGGCGGCCUAGGUGACAUCAAUAUCUUCGAUCUCACAAUGAUGGCCGCCAAAAUUUCUUAUGAGAAUGCCGAAUACAUUGAGAAUGUCGUCAACAAUCACUGGAAGAUGCACUUUGUUCGAUUCUAUGACUGCUGGAACAAAUUUUUGGAAUCGAACGGAACGCAGGCGUUCAUCUUCUGCGACAAGAAGGAGGACGCCGACCUGAUUGUGUUGGCGUUCCGUGGCACCGAGCCCUUCAACGCCUACGACUGGUCCACCGACGUCGACCUCUCCGUCAUCCACGCCGGCAAGCUCGGCUACCUCCACCUCGGCUUCCUCAAGGCCCUCGGCCUCCAACACGAAGAAAUCUUCGACCUCGGCUUCCCUAAGCACCUGAAGAUCGACAAGCCCGCCAAAAAGCCCGCCGCCUACUACGUCCUGCGAGCAGACCUAUCGGACCUCCUCACCGCCCAUAGGAAAGCGAAGAUCAUCGUCACCGGCCACAGUCUCGGCGGCGCGCUGGCCACCAUCUUCCCGGCGAUCCUCUCGUUCCACCGGGACACGGGCUGCGCCGGCGCCGUCCUGAGCUCCUUGGCCGGGGUGAUGACGUACGGCCAGCCGAGGGUGGGCGACGAGACGUUCAAGGCCUACUUCGAGUCGCUGAUGCAGGGGAAGCUCUACGUGCGCAUGGUCUACCGGUUCGACCUCGUCUCUCGCAUCCCCUUCGACGACUACGACGAGGACAACCGACUCUCGCCGUUCACCCACUGCGGCAAGUGCAUCUUCUACAACGGAUGGUACCACGCAAAGGUGCUCGAGGAAGCUCCCGAGCCCAAUUCGAUUGAUCUGGUGACGGCGGUGCCGAGGAUGUACUUGAGCGUGUGGACUGACCUCUUCAACGCGCUGUUCGCCCUCAGGUUCAACGAGGGAAGGGAGUUCGAGGAAGGGCCGUGGCUGAUCCUCUUCCGGCUCCUCGGCGGCCACGUCUUCCCCGGCGGCGCGUUUCACAGCCCUAGAGACUACGUCAACGCCACGAGGCUAGCCAAACUGGACCAGAGAAGCUCAGCUCUGCUACGAUCCAGCAAAACGAUGGCCGAAAUAAAUUUGCUUAAAGAAAUUAAUUAAAAUCUGAUGAUAUUUAAAAUAAAUAAAAUUGUGGAGCUGCUGUGGUACUACUAUUUCUCAAAAUCCCGAUAAAUAUAAAUAGUUAAAUUAUUUUGAAAA